UCGUGCUAGUUUAUAAAUAGAGCUUUUAUCAGUGGACUCAUCACACUGCUUCAAAUGUUAUGCUGCAUCCUACGAUGAACAACAUUUGCAGGACCUGACCGAGGACAGGACGAGAGAACAGGCUGGUCGCACCUCUGGCAAGGUGAGAUUCAGCAUGGAGAGGUACUUGAGCGACCCACCGGAUGGCGGCUAUGGCUGUGUCGUGGUCACCUCGGCCUUCUUCAUCAUGGGCCUCACUGCUGCUGUUUUUAAAAACUUUGGCCUGUUUUUCCUCGAAAUCCAAAGUCACUACGAUGUCCUUAACAGUACUACCUCAUGGGUGACCUCAACCACUAUUGCUGUGUUUCAUUUGGGAGCUCCUCUGGCCAGUGCUCUCAGUAUGCACCUGUCCCAGCGCACUGUCAUCAUGGUCGGAGGGCUUCUGGCUGCCUCAGGAAUGAUUAUUGCCUCUUUGGGCCUCAGCCUGCCUUGGAUGUAUCUGUCUGUUGGUGUACUCCAAGGACUUGGCAUCUCAUUUUCUUGGAUACCAGCUAACAGCAUGGUCAGCCAUUAUUUCAGACGCUGGCGUCCCAUUGCCUAUGCUAUUGCUAGUUCUGGAGAGUGUGUCUUUGCCAUGGGAUUCAGCCCAUUUUUCCAGUGGCUUAUUGACAACUAUUCUUGGCAGGGGGCUCUACUGAUCAUCGGUGGUCUUCAGUUGAAUCUGUGUGUGUGUGGUGCUCUGAUGAAACCCUUCCCAGUUGCACAAACCUCUAUCCAAGACAAACCGGUUCUGGAAGAAAGCAGGACAUCAAAAAAAGGCACUUUCCAGUGGUCCCUUUUGCAGAGGCCUGAGCUGCUGCUAUAUAUUGUGUUUGCCAUCUUAGCGGCGGCGGGUUUCUUCAUCCCACCUCUGUUUCUGGUGCCCUAUGCCAGCAGUUUGGGCAUGGAGCAGUACUGGGCGGCCUCGGUUCUGUCAGUGCUGGCAUUGGCAGACCUGCUGGGCAGACUAGCGUGCGGGUGGCUGGCUAACCUGCGGCUCGUGAGAAACCUGCAGCUGCUGACCAUGGUGGUCACUGCACAGGGGGUGGUGCUGCUUCUGCUUCCCAUUGCACAGAGCUACUGGAGUAUCCUGGUCUUUGCCUCAUUCUAUGGCUUCCUGUUUGGCUGUGUGGUGGCCAUCCAUGUGACGAUUAUUGUGGAUAUUGUUGGACUGGAGGGCUUUGACAGCGCUCUAGGGCUCUUCAUGCUGUUACGGAGCUCUGGAGGAUUUGUGGGUCCACCUGCAGCAGGCUGGCUGGUGGACUGGACUCAUGACUUCAGUGCUAGUUUCUACUUAUCUGGCCUCUGCCUUGUCCUGUCUGGGGUCUUCGUGGUGCUUGUUGACAGGCUGAUGGAGAAGAAAAAACUCAAACUUCCAGAUUCACGCACUGAGACUACAGAUCAUCCAGUACUAAAAGCGGACAGACCAGAUGUUUAAAAGCCACUGAAGUUAAUUUUCUAGUGUUUUACUUUUGUUAUAUGAACUUUUGUAAAGCCAUAUUAUUAUUAUUAUUAUUAUUAUUAUUAUUAUUAUUAUUAUU